UUAAAAAAUUUGGUAGGAAUACGUGAUGAAGGGAUAUCAAAUGUUUCUUGUCAAGCAUUAGGCUACUCGGCAAAUGAUGAUCCACCCCGUUCUUUCUCAAAUAUGAAGGACAACGGUGGAGACUUUGAUAAAUGGGCCAGAAGUAAAGAGUAUAGGGAAUAUAUCCAUAUUCCAAGUUUUAGAGUUAGCUGUGAUGCUAAAGGUUAUAUUAGUUCUGACCCUAAGGAUCCUGAUUAUAGUGAUCAACAUAACCCAACACAAAAUCCUGAGAAAGUUGUAAAUACCGAACGUAAUCCCUAUGGAUAUACGAAAGAAUAUGUGCCGUACAUUUAUCUAGAUUAUUCAUCGGCUGAUAUAUAUACUAAUGACUCAACAUUCAAUGGAAUUCGAUGGUCUAAAAUCAAAGAUAAUACUUGUUUAAGCAUCUUCGAUGCUAGAGCUAGUCGGUUAUCCACAACAGCACGAUAUACGCAAUAUUUUUUGUUGAAAUAUAAUGCACUAUUUAUUUAUGCUAAAGUAUAUAUGACAGUUUGUUGUAAUCAUCAGGUUUCUGUAACAGUCCAUCGUACUGUUUUCCCUCAAACUUCCCUUUACAUUAAUAGCAAAAAGGUUAGUGAACAAGCACAGACUGAACUUGGCAAGUUUAUUCUUUCCGGAGAUAAACCGGCUAAGGACUUCAAAAUUGCUGAAGAUGGAAAUUGGAUAAUUAAGAAUAUAAAAACGUUACUUAAAAAUUUUCAAAAAGAUUUGGGUUUAUUGUUAUCAGCAGAUGGACAUGGUAACUUGGCUCCUUAUGGACAGGACUUGACCUGGAAUGGAAAAAUCUAA